GACACAGCGGUAAAUUAACAAAAACAGAGACACUGAGGCUUCAGAGUGUUGAGUUCCAUUGUAGAAGACUUUUAUUUACUCUACAUACUGAAAGAUAUAGACACUUACAAAUAAUAAACGUCAUUAAAAAACAAGGCUACAUCCGCGGUGCAUUCUUAUAAGUCUAAUAUAAGUAGGAAGGUCUCAUCGGUGUCACAAACUUUACACUAACGCUUUGACGUGCUUGUCACGGUUGGCCCAUAAGGGCUGUUAAGACAAGGAAUACGAAUACGAAUGGCAGUGCCGGUAGCUGUCAAAACCGGUUCAUAUGUUCUAAGAAAGUGAUAUGUCCUUACAAACUCAGAAUUUUCACCCAGAAAGGAAAUGAGUGACAACGUGCCCGUAGAUGAGGUUGAACAGAUCCUAGAAGCUGCUAGACUAGGCAGGGAGGCUGAAGAGUGCCACCGAGUCAAGGUAGAGCUGUUUAAAAAUCUGCCUGCUGACCAGGCCCGAAAUCAAAUACGGAAAGAGGCUGCCAGACGUCGACCUCUAAAGCCAAACCUUUCCUCCAGAAAGGAAACAAGUGACAACGUGCCUGUAAGAGAGGUUGAACAAAAGGAGGCUGCUAGACUAGUAACAACUAGUGCACAAGGGUCAGCCCCACCCAAACAGUCCACUGGAGUUGAUGCCAAGCUUUCUGCAGUUCAGACACCUGCAACCAAGCCACCCCUAGCUACCACCAUUUCCUCUGUGACUACCUCUGUGCAUACAGCUAAGCCCCAAAGAGAGAAAGAUGUGAUACAUGUGGGCAAUAGCAAGGUGGAAAAGACACAACCGGCUGAUACCACUAUUGCAUCUGUGAUGCCUACACAGCCCCAUGAUGAGUCCAUUGGAACUAUCUACAUAAGGGCUUCUAAUAAGAUUGAGGUGGUGGACAACGUACUUCGAGGGUCCGAUAAAACACUUUCUGUGAAGCCAAAAUCAAAAGUUGUAGCACCUGAGGAUGGCACCUUCUUUGACAUGCAAGGGUCUAUAAUAACAGCCAAUCAGUUGCCUCCACCACCUGUGUUAAUGCAGUAUGGGCCCGUCCAAAGUUCCAAAGCGUUUGAUACAGGACCACCUAUACCUGGAGAGGACACUAAACAUGUGGAUGAGGGCUUGCUGUAUCAGGACCUAGAAAUAUCAAAAGGUACACUUGAAGAGGUUAUACAAAUGGCCGAAGAUGAAGGGAAACAGAACAGUGAUGUGAAAAGAGGAGUUACAACAGAUGAACGACUUUGUCGAGGUGGCGAGUAUCGUUACAUAGAAAUUGGCAAGGGUGCAUUUGGGACAGCCUAUGAACUAUUUGUUGGGACAAAGAAAGUUGUUACAAAAGAGGUCCAAAGAGAGAAAUUCAAGAAGAAUGAAGUCAUAAUUCCAUGUUCUUCCAAUCAUCCCAAUAUUGUGGCGUGUUUGGGGCUGAUUGUCACAAGAACCACUGUAGAAAUCUUGUUUGAACAUGCUGGAAUUAAUCUGGAAAAAUACUGGAAGCCAUAUCUUCAAAAAGCCACUAUCCUGAAUUUGUUUAGUCAACUGAUAAGUGGAUUGAAAUAUCUCCAUGGAAAUGGCUACCGACAUCUGGAUAUAAAACCUGGCAACUUGUGUGUGAGUACUGGUACAGAUGGUAGCGUUUUACUCAAGAUCAUUGAUUUUGGGUCGGCCAAAAUGAAAUUGGAAGCAAACGACUUCAAAGGCAUGACAAGAUUAUACCUAGCGCCUGAAAUUCGGAGAUAUUUUGUUGAAAUGUCCAGGAAGAACGAAAAGAUUUCUGAAUUAGCCGACAUGUUCUCAGCUGGACUUGUGUUGAUGUAUAUGCUUACUGGAAAGCAUGUCCUAAAAGAAGAUGGAAUGUAUGGAUGGCAAAUGCAGCUAAGUGGAAAGAUCGUCCUUGGAAGUUCCAUCGAAGAGCAGUUUCGAGAGUUAAUUACUAAGCUGCGUCAAAAUCUCUUGAAGGAUGAUCCAUCUAAAAGAUGGACUUCGUCGCAGGCGUGGGAUGCGCUACAAGAUUAUGAUGCUAAAAAUGCAGUUAGAAGCCCAGAACACUGUGAAGGGAUUCAAGAAGGGUUUCUUAAAAGAAAAGCUGAGAAUCAAACAGCCAGCAGAACAUCCACAGAUAGCAGUGUUGCUAUGGAUACAGCUAUUGGCAUCAAGAAGAAAAUCAGUCCAAGAGGCAAGGCUGCCACCAACUUUGAAGAAUGUGACACAGUACCCUGUUUCAAGAAGCCCAGACUGGACCCAGAGAAUAGAACAAAAAGGUCAAUGGGCAAGGUUGCCAAUGCUGAAGGCUGGAAACCGACCAACAAGGUGGUGAUACCCAGUCAUAAAGCUCAGGUCAUGGAUGAUGAACCAGCGGUGUUGGACCAGGACCAAGCAGGGGAUCAACAUGCAGGACAAGAAAGGCAUGAACGUGGUCUAUCAUCUGGAGAUACAUCGGGUGUUACAGAUGAAGGAGAAGUACAUCAACCUACCACAGAUGCUAACAUAGCAGCCGAUGCUGCUAGAGAUUGGAGUAUGGGGGACCCACCUGAUGAUCACCACAAAAAUCAACAAAACGUUCUGCUAAGGAAAAUGAAUAAUUUAACAGUAUGAAAAAAAAGUAAUUUUGAAUAUGCCUGAACUUAAAAUAGUUGAGAUCAAAAGUAUGAACUUCUUAGCACGCAAGCAUUCUGUAUGCUUACUGUCAUUGAUAUUUAUCAAAAUGUCAUUUCUGUUUUGGAAUAGAUAUGCAUCAAUCUUUGUCUGGAAUUUUCACUUUUUUAAAAACAAUUCUUAAUUAAAUCAUCUGCAAGUGAUGUUUCUACAGUGCAACAAUUUUAUUUGAAGUCAAAGUUAUUAAAAUAUAAUUAUACAUACUUGUCACUAAUGGCAGUGUUCAGAUGUAUAUGUAUGGCUAUUGGCACAACAAGUGUUAUCUUUUGUGUAGAAAUUUUAUUUGAAUUGUAAUGAAAUAUGUUCAAUUCUGUAACAUUUUUUCAACUAAAAUAUAUCUCUGGUGCCAUUCUGAAAAAAAUUAUGUUUCAUUACCAGGAUCAAUUUUAUGACAUAUAAACAAGAGCAGACAACUCUAUCAAGCAUUUUGUCUUAAUUAUUGCCCCUUUUAUACUUAGAAUAUGCAUAUUAUUGAUAAAUCUAUGUUAAAGUUUGCGUACUACCCCAAAUAUUUCCUAUAUCCUUUGACAUAUUGCUUUAAUAUGUUGCAUACUUGUUUACCAACAUGACCCCAACCUUGAAACAAGAGCAGACCACUGUAUCAAGCAUUUUGACAUAAUUAUGGCCCCUUUUACACUUAGAUAAUUGAACAUUUUGCUUUAAUUGCCAUACUUUUUUAUGUAUGAUCACAUUUUAUUAUAACUUUGACAAAACAACACUUACCUGAAUACCACAAUGGAUUCCACCCAAACAAUACCCCACACCCCUACCCAGACUCCCUUACCCCCCAACCUCCCCCCCCCCCCCAUUUUUUUUAAUUAUUAAUUAUUGAAUAUGAACAAUUUUCCCAUGAUGGCUUACGUUAUACUGUCGAGCACUCCAAUAGUCGAGCGCGCUGUCCUCGGACAGCUCUUGUUUAUUUUGACUUAAAUUGAACAUCUAGCAUUUUUUGUAUACACAUGGUUACAUUGUGAUUUUGAGUUGUUAUUUGAGAUGUUUGUCUACCGAUUGUGGUUGGGACUUUAAGUUGUUAUUUUAGCGUUUUGUAUAGGCAGUGUGGUUUAGACAUUAACUUGUUGUAUACAUAAUUCAUUUCGAUUAUUCUUGUUCAUCCUGGUACGAAGGUCUGAAUAAACUCCAAAUUGCACAGAACAAGAUGAUCAGAUUUAUCAAAGGUUACUCUCCAAGACAUUCUAUUACAUGGCAGGACUAUGUUCAUCUGAAUAUGUUAAAAGUUAGCUAUAGAGUGAAACAACUAAGGCUAAAUUGCAUGCAUAAAGUCUAUAAUUAAACAUGUUCUUCAUUCCUUAGGGUAAACUUUGUGAAUAGCUCUAGAGCAAUCAAGCCAUUUAAUUUUAUUUUAGCUAGCGUCCACAAUACUUCUUGUAAACAGACUUUCUUAUAUACUGGACCAAGAGACUGGAACUCUCUCCCUGACACUGUUAAAGGUGUAAAAAAUAUUGCUAGGUUCAAACAAUUAAUGAACAAGCACCUUCUUGAACAACAAGUAUCUGAAAGUAAAUGUGACUUUUUAUUUUACUAAUACUAUGUUGCAACAACCAUCUGUGAUAACCAUGCUAAAUUGUGAUAUUGUGCAUAAUAAGAUGAAUGCAUACUCUUAAUAAUCCCGUUUGGUUUUGUACCAAAAUCUUAAUUGUUAAUUGUAAAUGUUUGUUUGGCCAUAUGAUAAUGUAUCUUUGAAUCACUUUGCUUUUUCAGUGUGUGUUUUAUGGACCCCAUUGGAAAUAAGCUUUCAGCUUAAUGGGUUAUCCAUAGGUCCUCAGCAUUCAUGCUCAUAUGAACAUACUGCAGUAUUGUUAAAAGUAUGCUUACAGUAAUGUUCAGCGUUUUAUUUGAUGCUCUUAAAUUAUGAUAAUUUUUUUAGCUCACCUGUCACGAAGUGACAUGAUGAGCUUAUGUGACCGUGUGAUGUCCAGCGUCCGUAUGUGCGUGUGUGCGUGCGUGUGUGUGUGUGCGUGCGUCCGUCAACAAUUUGCUUGUGUAGACAGUAGAGGUCACAGUUUUCAUCCAAUCUUUAUGAAAUUCGGUCAGAAUGUUUAUCUUGAUGAAAUCUGGGUUGGGAUUGUAUUUGGGUCAUCUGGGGUCAAAAACUAGGUCACUAGGUCAAAUAAUAGAAAAACCUUGUGUAGACAAUAGAGGUCACAGUUUCCAUCCAAUCUUUAUGAAAUGUGGUCAGAAUGUUUAUCUUGAUGAAAUCUGUGUUGGGAAUGUAUUUGGGUCAUCUGGGGUGAAAAACUAGGUCACUAGGUCAAAUAAUAGAAAAACCUUGUAAAAACCUUGUGUAGACAAUAGAGGUCACAGUUUUCAUCCAAUCUUUUUGAAAUUUGGUCAGAAUAUUUAUCUUGAUGAAAUCUGGGUUGGGAUUGUAUUUGGGUCAUCUGGGGUCAAAAACUAGGUCACUAGGUCAAAUCAUAGAAAAACUUUGUGAAGACAAUAGAGGUCAUAGUUUUCAUAUGAUCUUAAUGAAAUAUGGGCAGAAUGUUUAUCUUGAUAAUAUCUGAUUAUGGAUCGUAUAUGGGUUACUGGGGUCAAAAAUUAGGUCACGGGGCCAAUUCUAGUAAAACCUUGUGUAGAUGAAAGAGGUCACAGUUUUCAUCACGUCUUAAUGAAAUUCUGUCAGAAUGUAUUAAUUAAUGAAAUUUGGCUUGGGAUUGUAUAUGGGUCUUAUAAAAUUUAAGUUCAUGAAGCAAGGUUAGUCAGGUGAGCGAUUCAGGGCCAUCAUGGCCCUCUUGUUUUAAUCAGCAUAGUCUUAAUUCCUUGAAAUCUGUGAUAUACUCUAUGUCUUAUGUGUUAUAUAUGUGUAUGUGCUAUUGACCUUAAAUGUAAAUUAUUGCAUAAACUCUACCUAUAAUGCCCUCUGGCGGGGUGCAGAAGGAGGGCUUUAACGGGAGAAAUCAUGUAUUAACAAGACGAUUCACGUGCCGUUCAAGCCCUGUUAUUUGUUUUUCAUAUCCAUAAACAUCCACGCGCAGUUACUUCCCAUUUGCAUUGGAUUCAAUGAAGUUUUUAUGAACUUUGUUAAUAACUCCAGCCUUCAACCACUUUUCCAAGCAUAAAUGGGGAACUGAAUAAGCACCAGUUUCCUCAUGCAUGUGGGGAUAAACUUCAUAAAGGCAAUAAAUGUUUCAAUCCCCUUUUCAAAUUAUACCAUCUGCACUCUUUUGACAACAGCUUUAUUUAUUGGCCUUCGUCAAUGAAGUUAAUCAUUUAUUUACUCAACACUUUAAACAGACUAUGAUGUAAAUGUAAGUGCUAAUGAACCUUCAACGUUCCUGCUGCAUGCUUGAAAAACUUCAGUGACAUUAUGUUGGCAGCAUUUAUUUUUAGAAAAUUUAGUUGGAACAAAAGACCUGUAGGCUGUACGAAAGAAACAUCUAUGAAAACAUUGACUUACCCUGACGAUAUAUUUAUCCGUCACGACCAAUAAACUCCAAAAUAAUUCCUCAUUUCAUACUGUGCGCAGCUGCAUGUCAACUUUGCACUAAUCCACUGUUUAAACACAUUUUAAAUCGAAAAUUGCCUAUCCCAAGGUCAAGCCUAGUCAUUUCUGGUGAUGACCGAGUGAGGCACAUGUAAAACACAUUCUUGAACAGUAUGACGUCAUAUAAAAAUAAUCAAAUUAUUUUGUCGAUGUCGAAUGAACAAGACAUUGUUUUCAAUGUAAUUUUAAUUUAUUUUGGUAUGUGUGAUUUGUUUAUGCAAUAAUAUCGAAAAUACAUAUUUUUUUGGAGAUGAUCAUCUGCGGGCGCUCUCAAAAUCCGUUUUCUGCCCUUGUGAGCGCCGGCAGAUGAUCAUGUCCUCGAAAACGUGUAUUAUCCCUAUAUAAAUAAAUAAGUAAAAGUUGUAGUCAUUCGGUAAUAUAUAACACAUAUAGAUUUGUAACAAAAAGCUACCAUGUAUAUUCUAAUUAAAAAUGUUUCACAUGUAUGCAUGUAUGUCUUCUUUCUAUAAAUAAUAUGCACAUACGAAAGAAUCAUUAAUUGCUGAAUUGCAUAAUGUAUACAUGUAUUACAAUCAUUUUGCAGACUAAGUAAAAUACAGAUGUGAUAAACAAUUUUUAUAUUAGGUGUUUGGGUUAAUAAAGUUGUAAGGAAUGUCUGAAAAGUGACCAAUUUUUCAAUUCUUCUUCCGUUUCUAAUGUAGUUUUGUAUAAUUCAAAGGUUUGCUUCAUGAUUUUUUGAAGGACUUCUUUUUUUCUUCUGAUAAAAUAUAUCGUUCAAUUUCAGGCACACACUGUUUAUAUCAAUCAUAUUUGAAUGUGUAAUUCACAGUAUAAGAACCUGACAUAUAUUUGUUGAAAUAUUUGUUGAUAAUAACAUGGUUUUGUUUGGACACUACAGGAACUACAGGAACCCUAUAAUACCUAGUGUCCGACUUGAAAUUGAUUAGAAAUGAUUUAUAUACAAUGAAUGGGAAAGUGUAUAUGAAUUGAUAAUUGUAAAUGAAUUGUAUACAACGGUUCUCUUACGGUAGGAAGCUAUAUAUGGACAUUGUGAUGGGGAAUGUAUGCAUAGAAUCUGAUAAGAAAUAUAUGUAUGGUUGCUGCAAUCGGGAAUUUAUCAAAUAUGUGUAAAAAAGUGUCCAUUUAUGAUUGGGAUGAAUGCAUGAACGCUGAUUGGAAGUGUGUAUAUUUUAAUUUCAACCAUAUUAUUAUGCCCCCCUUCGAAGAAGAGGGGGUAUAUUGCUUUGUUGGAUGUCGUUCUGUCGGUAGAUCAGUUUCCAAUCAAUAACUCAUCAACAAAUCGACCGAUGGGCUUGAUACUUAACAUGUGCAUUUGCGUUUGAAGUAGAUGACCCCAAUUGAAAUUGGGGUCACUAGGUCAAAGGUCAAGGUCACUGUCACAAUAAGUGUGAAAAUUGUUUCCGAUCAAUAACUCACCAACGAAUUGACCGAUUUUCUUGAUACUUCACAUGUGCAUUGGUCUUGGACAGUAGAUGACCCCUUUUGAAAUUGGGGUAACUUGGUCAAAGGUCAAGGUCACUGUAACAGUAAGUGAAAACCGUUUCCGAUCAAUAAGUCAUUAACGAAUUGACCGAUAUGCUUGAUACUUAACAUGUGCAUUGAACAGUAGAUUAGAAUUUGGGUUCAUUAGGUCGAAGGUCAAGGUCAGUGUCAUAAUAAGUGAAAAUUGUUUCCGUUUAAUAACUCGCCAAGAAAUUGACCUAUUGGCUUGAUACUUUCCAUGUGCACUGGACUUGGCAAGUAGAUGACACCUAUUGAAAUUGGGUUCACUAGGUCAAAGGUCAUGGUCACUGUCACAAUGAGUGGGAAAAUCUUUCUGAUCAAUAACUCAUCAACGAAUCAACCGAUUGGCUUGAUACUUCCCAUUUGCAUUGACCUUGGGCAGUAGAUGAACCCUAUUGAAAUUGGGGGUCACUAGGUCAAAAGUGAAGGUCAAUGUCACAAUAAGUAUGAAAAUUGUUUCCGAUCAAUAACUCAUCAACAAAUUGAACGAUUUGCUUGAUACUCUACAUGUGCAUUGGCCUUAGACAGUAAUGACCCUUAUUGAAAUUUGGGUCACUAGUUCAAUGCCUUGUUUGAAGGACAUAUGUCUCCGACUGCAAAACUCUUGUUAUAAGUUGAAUCCAAUAGACAAAUGUUUGCAAUUUUUACAUCAACAUAUUUUUAUCCAGGUAUUUUUAAACUGCUUAUUUACUGUAAAACAACUAUUUUAAUGCAGUUGCAGUUAACCACAUACUUUUUAAUUUCUGUAUUUGCUGUUAACCAGGUAUUAUAGUGCUGAUGUUUUUUUUUUUUUGCUGUUUACCAAAUAUUCUAUACCUGUAGCUGUUUAUUGUCUCGUAACUAAAUACCGGUGUUGUAUAUCUGUUUAUUGAGUGUUAAUUUGAUUGGAAGCCACCUGAAUCAUGUGUUUUCAUCGUUAACUGAUUGAUUGAUCUUGUAAUUUUCUCCGAAGGAAAAUCCUUCGCCAGACAUGAAAUAGUAUAUUUUAUGGUUUUACGAUUAAAACUUUAUUGAAGAUCUAAUAUUCAGAAAGUAUUGAAUAAACUUUUAAUUUUCAUUCUUGUUGAAGAAAAUUAUUUAAAAAUCAUGUUGAUAUCUUAAUAUGAAAUACUAAAGAACUACUGUACUGAAAUUGUAAGAAUAUGAUUUUGGUAAGGGAUUUGAUACCAUGUACCGGUAUGUAUAAAUUGUUAUUGUAUGAGCAUUGUGUGAGUGUGAAAUAAAAUGUCUUUGGAACUUUCA